UUAACACAAUAAAUAUUACGCCAUAUCAAGGUGUUGUCUUAAACACAAAAUAUUGUUGACGUCGUUAACACCAAUCUGUUGCAGAAUGUCAGUGAAAUGAAGUGAAAAUUUAUUUAGUCAUCAGUAAUUCAUCAACUUUGGUGCAUUAAAGAUAUCGCUCAGGAAUUGGGCGUCACGAUCCAAACAUUUGAACCGGUAGCUUCAAGGGUAUUGUGCUGUAUUUGCCUAUGUUUCAUGAUAGAUGUCUACGGUAAUAACACGAGAUUUCGCAUCAAAAGAUAGAAGAUUUAGAUAGUGAUUUCGUCGCUAUGGAAAUUGUUGAAAAAGAAAAGUGCGAAAUGGAGCGAGGUUAUGAUCCAAGCCGCUUCAUUUUUCAAGUUAAACGAGAUUUACUUUGCUGCAUUUGCCACCGUGUGUUGAAAGAGCCACGAUUAUGCGAGGCGGAAGAACAUUGCUUUUGUCUGAGUUGCAUAACACAAUAUCUUGUUAAAGUGUCUCAAACAUGCCCAGGAUGUCGGGCACCCCUCACAUUGGAAACUUUGAAACUUUCCCAAAGGUUCUUAAAGAAGGUUUUGUCAGAACUAAGAAUCAGGUGUGAUUACAACGAUCGAGGGUGUCCAGAGCAAGUUAAGCUUCGAAAUCUUGAAGAUCACGUGACUGAUUGCAAGUACCGCCCAACACUGGAUGCCGAACAGUAUAACUCGCAAGAUGAAACGAGAGGCGAGGUGACAGAACUUAAAAGACGACAUGAUGAUAUUUACGACCAAGUAAAGAAAAUGAAGACAAAUGUCAAGGAACUGACACCGUCUCAAGCUGAGCUGAAUAUUCAGCCCUAUAUUCAGCCCCUUCAAAUGGCAAGAAAACAAGAUCAAAUGAAAGUGGGACAAGAUGAGACGAAGAAAGCUCUUGACGAGAUGAAACAAACCCAAUCAGGAAUUAACGAGAAAGUAGUGAAAAUGGAGGUUAGUUUUGAGGUUAUAAAGCAGCAAAUGGAAAGACUUGAAGGAUUAUUGGGUCAUCUAUUCCAAGAAAAUAUUGUCAACAGAAAUGGUGCUCAAGCUACGGAUCCCAGAAUUCCGACUAACAACCAAGACGUUAUUAUUCUUGGUGGUUGGUAUGCCUUUAGGAGCACAUCCCCAUUGAAUACUGUUGAAAAAUAUAAUAUUGUUGAGAAGAGGUCGACUAUGCUGCCACCAUUGAAUCAUCCUCGAGCAGGAUCAGCAUCGUGUGUUUACAACAAUGACAUCCUGGUCGUUGGUGGUUACGAUGGUAAAGACCUAACUGGCACGAUCGAAGUUUUGAAGAUGAACCAACAUCCUUUGCGAUGGACAAUGUUUGAUGGUAAACUGCCUGUCAAAUUAUCUGCUCAUGACGUCAUAGUUUAUCAAGGAAAAUUAUAUAUAAUAGGAGGAGAUGAGGGGGAUGAAAGAAAAACAUCGAAUGCUAUUUAUGAGAUUGCUCUUACCCCACCUUAUACUGCCAAGCUACUGACGAGAAUGCCUGAGCCAAGAACAUUUCACAAAGCAGAACUUGUUAAUGGAAAACUAUUUAUCUUGGGCGGAACAACAACUGGCCUUAUUAAAGAUGCUCUUGACAGCGUUGUUUUUUAUGAUUUGAUUAAGAAUGAGUUCAAGCCAUGUCCAUCGUUACCUCAGCCUGUUUGUGACAUGUCCACAGUCACUUGGGGCGAUAAGAUCAUUGUUCUUGGUGGUUGGGAUAAGAAUAGUCACGCAUUAAAUGACGUCAUCAUGUAUGACACUGAGACGGGGCAAAUUGAGCCACUGCCCUCUAUGAUUUACAAAAGGAGCGGCAGCUCAGUUGUCAUCAUGAAUGACGUCAUUGUUGUGUUUGGUGGAUGCAAUAAUGAGCAGGGAUAUCUCAACUCAGUGGAAUUUUUCACCAUUGGUGGAGAUGGCUGGAAAGAACUGCCAGGAAUGAUAGAGAGAAGAUGGCGUGCAACUGCUGUUGUAAAACCUCACAUCUGAAAAGUUUUCUCAAUCAUUGUUUCGGCGCUUUCUUGGUAUAUGAGCAACCAGAAGUAUGUCCCUAAUCAUAAACCUGAAUUUAUCAAGUUCACGUCACGUUACUGUUGUCAUCUAAAUAGGUAUAGAGUCAACAUAUAGUCAAUAUUUUACUAUGACCUUUAUAUUGUGUUCUUAUAUAUGUUCUUAUAAACUUCUUAUAUGUUAAUAACUGCUGUUGUCAUCUAUAAUAUUUCUAUAUUUCUAUAUACUGUGAAGUCUGGUGAGGUUUAACCAAUAUUAUUAGUGUGUAAAUAUAUAACAUAAGAUGAAUAGAUAUAGAUAUAUAAUGUUUUGUUCAUAUAGUCAAUAUUUUACCCUAACCAAUGUUGAUAACUGCUGUUGUCAUCUAUAAUAUUUCUAUAUUCUUAUACUGUGGCGUCUGGUGAGGUUUAACCAAUAUUAGUAGUGUGUGAAUAGGUUUAAUUUGACAUUUUAAUCUUAACCAAUGAACAUUAGCAAUAAGCAGGACAUUAGAUUCAUUUGUGA